AUGCAGAGACUGCGAGUCACCAGAACGUCAGUCAGGGUGUCUAUAAAGAAUUACUUGGAGAGUCUCUUAUACCACCCCAAAGCACUGCUAUCGGAGCUCCGUCAGAUGGAUCGUCGGCAUUUUCAAACAGCAAUGAAGUACCUCUUUGAAAGCAAGCAGGCCCAUUUGGAAUUGGGAAAUAUCGUCCUUGAUCUAGCUGGGAUAAGAGAGAAGGUUUUCCAAAGCCCUGGAGGAAACAGAACCUUGUUCCUUAUUACUCUGGAGAGAUGCUUUCUGACUUUGAACUCGGUGGAAUGCGUGGAUAUAUUAAGCCAAGUCUUGCGAGUCUCUUCCAUGACAUACCUUCAGCUCCAGACCAUAGCAAGGCUUCCACAGGAUCUUCAGGGAGAUGCGUUUCGGAACCUGUCAAUGGUAUUCAAAGAUCUCUACGACAGAAUAACGGCCAAUGCACAACGAGCUCUUUAUGAAUGGAUGACACAGAUCCUGCAAAAAUCCUACAACGCCAGUGAGUCGGAGAAUUCUACCUCGUGGGUCAGUGCGGAAAACCUGUGGAUUUUGGGAAGGUACAUGGUUCACCUCCCGCUGGAAGAAAUCAGGAAAAUUAACUCUAAUGAAAUGAGGCUCUUCAUCAGUUACGACAACGCAACCAAGCAGCUAGAUACCGUGUAUGACAUCACGCCGGGCCUUGCGCAAGCCUUCUUGGAAAGGAUCAAUGCCUCAGGAUUCGACAUGAGAAACACGUCGACCCUCUAUAGGUUGGGUUUGCUCGUUUGUUUUUAUGAUGACCUGGAGCAGAUGGAUGCCACCGUGGCCCGCGUCUUACUCCAUCAGAUGAUUAAAUGUAACCAGCUGCGAGGCUUUCAGGCAGGAAUUCAAAAGCUCAAAUCUCAGCUUCUCGACGUCGCCACCCAAAACCAGACCUUGAACAGCACCCUCGGGUCACUCUCGGACGCGGUCGUGGGUCUGACUGCCAGCCAGCUGGACUCUCUCUCACCUGAGGCCGUGCACAACGCGAUUUUGACGUUAAACCAAGUCUCCGGAUGGACCAGGAGCCAACUGAUGAUUUUAGCCAGCAAAUACCUCGCGUACGAAAAGGCAUUAUCAUUUCAUAACAUCAGUCAAAUGGGCGCUUUGGUGAUGGGGAUCACCGCUGAGUCUUUCCACAGCAUGAACCCCAAAGAACUCUCCCAGGUGAUCAGAGGCACGCUGGCCCAACACGCAUCUGAUCUGUCGCCAGCGCAGCAGCAAGGGAUCCUCCGUAAGGUAAUGGAAUCUGGGACAUUCUCGUCGGUGAUCACCGACAUCCAGGGAGCCUUUUUCAAAGCAGUGUCUCUUUUCGACUUGCGUAAGGAAGAAGGCUUCAGCUCCUCACUGGCGAAAGACAAAGAAUUGAGGCCCAGUCAGGCCUUGUUUCUGUAUGAAUUGUUGUCAAGGAAGACUCCUCCUUCCGACCUGUUAAGCAUUGCCCAGUUGGUGAAAGGAGUAACUUGCCGGCAGAUCAAAAGUAUGAGCACCAUCUCUUUCCUAAACCUUUUCCACGUUUUUGACAAGAAUCUUCGCUUACUUUCACCGUACCAGAUCAAUUGUCUGGCCUGGAAAUUUUGGCUCAUCUCCAAUAUAUCCAUUCCUCCUUAUCUCUUAUCCGUGCUCCCCGCUGAGUAUCUGGAAUCAGUUAGGGGAUCUCUCUGUAUCCCUUUUGUGACCAGCCUGGGGAAAGUUGAACUGGAUCAUCUUAUUUUAGACGAGCACAAAAAGAAAACGAUUCUGCAGAAAGUCCAGGAGUGCCUGAACGGUUCUCUGGUCGAUGAAUAUGACAUCGACCUGUUGGGAAGCCUCAUCUGCCAUUUGCCGCCUGCUUUAAUUUGCGAUGGGAUCUCACCGGAAACCCUGGUGACGGCUCUUCACCAGUUCAGGCAGUGCCGGCAACUUAACCACGAGCAGAAGAUGGAAAUUAAACACAGACUGAUUGAGAUAUAUGGCUCCCCCAGAAACUGGACUGCUGAAACGACGCAGGAUAGUGGACCUUUCGUAGGCCUUUUGCCCAAAGCUGAAUUGAACAUCCUCGUUGAAAAGUUUCCAGAUAUCCUCCUACAAGCAGCAUCAAAGAUGACCGGCCCGGUUCCUCCUACUGAGGAUCUCCUGUUGGCUCAAUUUGAAUCUGUUCACAGCGCAGUUGGGGCACCUGAUCAAUCUCCCGAUUGUGCAGAAGUCUCGGAGCCUUCAUUAGAUGAGAUUAUCAGGUUAUCGGAAGCCAAUGCGUUUUGGUCAGUUCAGGAACUGAGCUGCAUGAAUCCCGACAUUUUCACCAAGACAGUGGAACUCCUUGGCUUUGUCCGUGGUUUCCGUGCUUCUCAGCUGACCGUGCUGAAAGAGAAGGCUAAGCAGGCGUGGGGGGCAUUGCCCAGCUGGAGGAGUUACCACGUCGUUUCCCUCAGGCGAAUCGCCACGGCGCUAAAUGAGACCGAAAUCGGAGAGCUGGAUUUGAGUUCUGUUGAUACGGUUGCUGCGCUUACUCAGCAAACGGAGUGGGACCCUCUGCAGGCAAAAUCCAUUUUACAGGGGUUUCUAGAAGACUCGGGGCAAGCCGUGGACACUCUGAAAAGCUUUGAGUUGGCCGGGUUGGGCACCACUCUUUGCACUCUGAGCUCCACAGAGAUCGCAGCUAUCGAUCCUCUGGAAUUUAGCGCAGUCGUUGCCAGGAUUGGCUCUUUACUAUGCAGCACCAGCGUUCUGAAAGAAUUUAAAAAGAAGGCCGAGUCUGUGUUUGGAGAGGCUGCCAGAUGGAACAGAGCCAUCCUACAAGAGAUUGGUACCAUUGCAGCUGGUUUAAAUGAGGGAGAAUUAAAAGCUCUGGAUGAAGAAUUGAUGCCCUACUUCCAGCCGGCAGCGAUAAAAUGCAUCCCUGAUGAAAUGUUCAAAGAACUCUCCCCGGAACAAAUAGCCCACCUCGGCCCCGAAAACGCAGCUGUGGUUACGGAGUCCCAGCGUCAACAGCUCGACGAUUCGCAGCUCCAGAGUCUGCUUCUGGCGCUAGACGGAGCCCGAACAAGCGUCCGAGACGUUCCCCUCUGGGAAAGCACGGCUUGGCCCACCUACACCCUGACUGCCAGGAAUCCUGGAAGUCGUCAGCAUAACGGUGUUUGGCUCGGUGGGUAUCAUUUGGGGGAAUGUUCCAACAUGUUCAUCCAGCUGCUGCUUGAAGACUGCCAAGACUUGUUGUAUCUCGACUUUGAAGACGUGGGCAAAAGGCGGGGGAAACGCAGGGGGAAAGCGAGGCGACCUCUGACCGUCGGAAACGGCACGCACAAUCCAACGCCCCGAAAUCGUCAGAGGAGUGACGGUGAGUGA